UGUCAUGUAACCUCUAAAAUGUAAUGUCGCCUAAACAAGCGUUUUGUUACCCUGAUCAUUAUCACCAAGGUAAACAAGAAUGGCGCCCGGAAUUCAGUUAGAAAUUUAUGGUCUGGUAAAUGACAUUAACUUCCAGCGUGCUAGAUUCUGUGCUCAGGAUUUACAGAACAAGAAUCCGGAUGUGUUCCCAAAUGCUGUUGCAGAAGGAAUGGUUGAGUUUGAAUGGGACUUGUACAUUGAAGCAAAAAGGAAGGAGUUGCGAGGAGAAACAUGGACAUUUCAAGAGAAGGCAAUUGCAUUCCAAAAUGGGAAGCUUAUUGGUGGACCUGAAGACUUUAUUAAAUGGGCAGUGGAGAAUUACAGCUAUGAGGAAUACAGACCCAAAGCACUUCUCCAAACACUUACAGAGGAAGCUUAUAAAACAUGUUUGAAUGAUAAAAAUCACGAAUUUGUCUUCAUGGACAUUGCGAUAGGGAACGAGCCUGCCGGGAGACUGGUUUUAGAGUUGUUUAGCGACAUAGUGCCAAAGACUUGUGAGAACUUUAAAGCUUUGAUCACUGGUGAGAAAGGCAAGUCCCCAACCACAGACUACAACCUACAGUACAAGAACUCGCUGUUCCACAGGAUUGUUCGCAAUGGCUGGAUACAGGGUGGAGAUAUAUACCAUGGUAGAGGGAAUGGAGGGGAAUCAAUAUUUGGUCCAGUAUUUGAAGACGAGAACUUCGCGGUGCCGCACUCGAGACGGGGCGUGAUCGGCAUGGCCAACAAGGGUCGCCACACGAACGGCUCCCAGUUCUACAUCACCUUCACUCCCGCACGAUGGAUGGACACAAAAUAUGUCGCAUUCGGUCAGGUGAUCGAGGGCACAGAGACGCUUCAGAAAAUGGAGGCCGUCGAGACGAUGAACGAACGUCCAAACACAGAGAUCAAGGUCACGGACUGUGGCGUCUGCACCUACGAGUUCUAGGCGCACAGUCGUUACUGUUGGCUGCCAUCUGUUUUAAGAAGGAAUUUUAUUUAAAGCUGUCAGAAACUGUUUUUUUGCAUCGUAUAUCGUUCGACGGUGUUGCACGCAAUUUUAUUUGAAGCUGUUUACCUGGUGUUAUUUUGUAAAUGAUCGAAACUGCCAAGAUUUUAUAAAUUUAGAAAAUUCCAUAACAAAUAUUGCACAAAUAUGUUUUGUUGACAAUAACCUUACCACUGUGGAUCGUGAUUUACUGUUAUAGUCUAUCCUGUAUUUGCAUUUGUGUCCAAAUAUUAAAAUUAUAUAAAUUAUAUAAAUUCAUUGAACGACGAUAUAAUUGUAUUUGCCUUGUUACAGAAAUACGGAAAUAAACAAAUGCAGAUUAAUCAACCAAAUGCAAACAUUAAUGGGGAAAUGUUCUCUCCAUUUUCUUAAAGACCAUACUCAAUUCGAAUCUAGGAACGUUUAACAUCCAUAUCACUGUUUGAUAACACUUUCUUGUCCUCAUAGUUACAAAGUUGAAUACUCAGUUAUUGGGGGAAUAUUCAGUUGUAAAUCUUACCAAAAAAAUCCUUGCUCGAACACGGAAGUAACAAGGCAAACUCCAAUCGGAAAGUGCAUAUAAAUUAUAACGUUUUGGCAACAACAAGACAAACAUGUGUAACACUUAGGUAAAUAAAACUUAGAUAUCAACAGGUGAUGCCCAAGUGGAUGGUAUUAUAUAUUUUUUACCAGAAUAAAGCCCACAACAUGUAUUAUCUAUCUUAAAAUUAAAAAAAACAACAUAUUUUUUUUUUUAAGUACUGAACAACCGAAUCUAAAAAUCGCAGGAGGAAGGUAUUUCAUAUUUUUAUGGCAAAACCCGAUUCCAUUUUUGCUGACAUGCUGAAGUUGAUAACUUUUAUAAAUCAUAUAGUGUUAAAAUGUUUGUUGAUGCCUGUUGUUUUCCAGAUACAAAAUGUUAUUAUUAUUUCAGGAUAUUAAAUUCGAAUAUUUAUUAAA